AUGAGCGGAGGGUUUGAUUCCGUCGAGGAACGGACGUCCGAUGCGCGCAGGGUUUCUGGGUCCGGAUUCAAGACUGGACCGAAAUGGAAGCUUUGGCAACCGGCCGUUGGAAUUGUGGAUGCCUUUGAGGGUGACCCGUCAGUGGAAACAAGCACGGGCCUGAAGGGCGGCGGAGAAGAGCCAGCGGAAAAGAAGAUGGGUAGAGGAGAGGUGGAGAAGGGAGAGCGAACAGAGGAACUAGAGAUGGGAGAACACGGAGGGAAGAAGAACUGGAAGCGAGAGAACAACUGGAAGGGGGACUGGAAGGGAGAGGGAGAUCGGAUCAAGACCCACCAACGGCAGAACGGAUGA